AAGUACCUUUCUAAAAACGUAUCUCUACAAUAAAAUCACAUAAAUUACAACGGGCAAGUAAGAAUUCAAGUUAUUGUGGAAGUGAAACAACAGCAUGUAGUCGGCUAUUGCUAGCUAGCCAAAUUGCUAACGUUAGCCUGCUAGCUACCCAACAAAAACAAAGCUACCAGUAACGUUACAUAAAGAAAACAAAAAAAAACAUGUUAAGCAAACUUUGGCAAGCAACAUAGCUACGCAUUUAACUUUAGCACACGUUCUCAUCCAUGCACAGGGUAGGUUGACGUAACGUACCAAUAGUUAAUCAGUAACGUUAGCUUUACUAUAUCUCUUUGGACACUGUUAACUAACCUCCAGACGAGCUUCAAUGCCAUACAACUCUCCUUCCGUGGCCUCCAACUGCUCUUAAACGCAAGUACAACUAAAUGCAUGCUCUUCAACCGAUCGCUGUCCGCCUGACUAGCAUCACUACUCUGGAUGGUUCUAACCUAGAAUAUGUGGACAACUACGAAUCCCAAGGUGUCUGGUUAGACUGUAAACUCUCCUUCCAGACUCACAUUAAGCAUCUCCAAUCCAAAAUGAAUUCUAGAAUUGGCUUCAUACCCUCUUAAAACUGACCAUCCUACCGAUCCUCGUCUUCGGUGAUGUCAUCUAUAAAAUUGCCUCCAACACUCUACUCAACAAACUGGAUGCAGUCUAUCACAGUGCCAUACGUUUUGUCACCAAAGCCCCAUACACUACCCACCAUUGUGACCUGUACGCCCUCGUUGGCUGGCCCUCGCCUCAUACUCGUCGCCAAACCCACUGGCUCCAGGUCAUCUACAAGUCUUUGCUAGGUAAAGGCCCACCUUAUCUCAGCUCACUGGUCACCAUAGCAGCACGCGCUCCAGCAGCGGUGGGGUGGAAUGGCAGAGACAGCAGAGAGUAAGAAAGAAGAGGCAGACUACAAAAGGCUGCACAGCUUUCCUCUUAUCAGGCACACAGACAUGCCAGAGGAGAUGAGAGUGGAGACCAUGGAGCUCUGUGUCACAGCCUGCGAGAAGUUCGCCACCAACAAUGAGAGUGCAGCGAAGAUGAUCAAGGAGUCCAUGGAUAAGAAGUUUGGCAGCUCGUGGCACGUGGUCAUCGGUGAGGGCUUUGGCUUCGAGGUGACACACGAGGUCAAGAACCUGCUCUACAUGUUCUUUGGAGGAAGCCUGGCCGUGUGUGUCUGGAAGUGCUCCUAGCAUCAACAACCAAAUUAGAUCUAUAGAUCUGUCUGUCCAUCUACACUAUAUAUACACACACAAAGGUAUAGUGGAUUUGGCUAUUUCAGCCACACCCGCUGACAGGUGUAUAAAAUCGAGCACACAGCCAUGCAAUCUCUAUAGACAAGCAUUGGCAGUAGAAUGGCCUCACUGAAGAGCUCAGUGACUUUCAAUGUGGCACCAUCAUAGGAUGCCACCUUUCCAACAAUUUUGUUGGAAAGUCAGUUUGUAAAAUGUCUGCCCUGCGAGAGCUGGCCUGGUCAACUGUAAGUGCUGUUAUAGUGAAGUGGAAACGUCUAGCAGCAACAAUGGCUCAGCCGCGAAGUGGUAGGCCACACAAGCUCACAGAACAGGACCGCUGAUGCGCUUAGCAUGUACAAAUGGUCUGUCCUCAGUUGCAACACUCACUACUAUCUAUCUGUCCAUGGAUCAUCUCUCUCUGUCAGUUAGCUUUCUCUUUCUUAUUCUCUCCCGUCUGAAUUGAGUUACUGUAUCCUGUCCAAUUGGACUUGUUCUUAAAAUGCUGUGUGUGAAUUCACUUCGACACAAAUGAAAUGCAGCCAGCGUCUCCAAUGUGUGUGUGUGUGUGUGUGUGUGUGUGUGUGUGUGUGUGUGUGUGUGUGUGUGUGUGUGUGUGUGUGUGUGACACA